AUGGCCGACUCGCAAGAGUUAGAGCCAUCUACUUUAACAGAGAAUUUUUCAAACGCUGAUCGCCAAAACAAACCAGCUGAUCGAAAAGCAUAUUUCGCAAAAAGAAAUGCAUCCAAAGUGUGUUUGAAUACCUCUAUUGAGCGGUGCAAACGGCUGAAAGAGGAAAAUGAUAUCACGAGUGAUCAGGAGUUUGCGGGAUAUUCUGCUAAACUUGUACGAGGUAUCAGGACAUCAUUCAUCGAUUCAAAUGCGGUAAGCAUGUAACUCUGGACAUUUUUAGUAUGGCCAUGUUGUUGCAUUUUCUGAUUAAAAAACUUUAUGCUGCAUUUCUAGCGCUGUGGAAACCCAGACAAACGAUCCAGAUGAAACAAUGGAGUCAUUGUUUGGGUUUGACAUGGGCCUCAUUGCUACAAGUACCCCUCAGAAUCUCGGCAAUAAUCCUUCGCCAUGUGAGUUUAUAACAUACUUAUUCAUGGACAUAUACAGAAAACAUUAUUCACUAGAUUUUGGUUGACGUUGUUAAUUUAUUAAUUUUAUAUUUUGCAUAGUUUUAUCUGUUCCUUCGAAUAUGUCAGCUGUAUCAAGUCGAAGACGCCUGAUACCCGAUAGCUCCCCGCUUGGCUCCCCGCCAAGGUUUGUAUGAUUUAUAAAAUGAUAUUUUUAAAUGGUGCACUUCUCUGUGGUAUAUAUUCGUUGUUGUAAUCGCGAUAAUGUCUUCAUAGGCAUACUCAUGAUGAAACACUGACAGCCAGUGAAGGUGACAUUGACAGUGAGACCCUAACUGCUCAUGGUUUAUCUUCUGUUCAUGUAAAGCAAGAGUAAGUCUGAUUUAAUAUUUGGUUGGCAUAAUGCAAAUGAAUGGUUGACAGGUUUUGUUGAUGGAAAUGAUAUAUUAAAAAAUUAUAUACAUCUACUAGACCUAUUAACCAGGAACAACUGCGAAAAAUGCAACCACAGGACCUGUAAUUUCAUUUUCUGCAUUUGUUCCUUUUAAUAUAUCAUUUCCACCAACAACGUCCCUCAGUAAAAUUUAAUACCAUUCUACAAUAGACUGACAAAAAGUUCGGAACUCUGCAUUUUGUAAAGUGGUUGCUUAAAACUGCUGCUUUAAAACCUUUUCCUAUGUACAUAGCAUGUGCAGAACAAAACAAUUCAAAAGCAAAAAAUAUUUUAAUGAAAAUGGUGAACAGUUACGACACUCAAGCUGCUGAAACGUUAUCACUAGCUCUUUAGAAUAACAAUCUUAGCUCACAUGUCCACAAAACUACCAAAAUGCAUGCAUAAUACAUAAUACACCCUUUUAAACAUUUUUGUCCACCAUUUGUCACUAGUGACAGUAGUGUAAAUUUAUUAAUAAUACAAAGUCUUUUAUCUAAGUUUGGAUCAGACAUACCCAGAACUGCCAGAAGAAAAUGAGAUAUUCAACAUAACCAUCAAUGGGCAUGAUGGAGAUGAAAUUCACCAAGAACAUGAAGAUAAAGGCACUGCACCACAUGAAUACGUCUCCACUGUCGAUGUGGUUACUCCAGAGGAAGCCAUAAACAUGGAAAGUGCAUUGUGUUUACAGAUAUAG